AUGGCCCCUAUCAAUAUUCUGGCGCGCCUUAAGACCCUCUAUGCAAAAGCCUACGAUGAACCGGUCAUUUCGGCCCAGACGGCAGCUUUCUUCUCGAUCUGUCUAACAUUAUUCUACGUGGUCCCUUUUUAUGUGUCUUCCACUACCCGACCAUCUCCCACCCUCAGCCGAGAUGCUCCAUCGGUGAUCCGGGCUAGAAUUAAGGUUGUGACUUGGUCUUGCAUCGGCAGCACUUUGGCUGUUGCAUGGUUGAUAACCGCCAAGGGCGAUGUCUCUUUAUUUGAGGCACUCAAACUUCUCGGGUGGUGGCCCAUGGGAUUCGCUGAGGCUUUUCGAAGCUUGUUGCUAACAUCCAUUUUGUUCGCUGGGCCCCUCUUCGAACGAGGGAUCGCCGAAGGCGAGUGGAGAGACUGGAUCAAAGGAAGUAGGAUUUCCGAAACACUUCGGGGGUGGAUCGGAUGGAGAAACUACGUCGCUGGUCCCGUCACUGAAGAGAUCAUGUUCCGUUCUGUCAUCGUACCUCUCCAUAUACUCUCCAAGGUACCUCCGAGUCGCAUCGUGUUCGCAGCACCUCUUUAUUUUGGAAUCGCCCAUGUACAUCAUUUUUACGAAUUUCGUCUAACUCACCCGGACACCUCGGUUCUAGCGGCGUUGCUCAGGUCGAUUUUCCAAUUCGGCUAUACUACCAUCUUCGGAUGGUAUGUAACCUUCAUCUAUCUGCGUACAGGAUCUCUACUGGCCGUCAUCCUUGCUCACGCAUUUUGCAAUUGGUGCGGACUUCCCCGGCUUUGGGGAAGAGUUGAAGCUGGCGUUCCCCUGGGAUCUACUUUAGCUAAAGGUAAAGAUGAUCCAAAUCGGGCGGUGGUUUACGCGUAUAAUCAACUCAGCAUUGGCUGGACCAUCGCGUACUAUACGAUUCUUGUUGGAGGCGCCAUUGGUUUCUAUUAUGCGCUCUGGCCUCUAACGGCCCGCUCUCUUUCUAUUACUGCAUGCCGCCCAAAUCCUCCGCGGGUUCCUCUCAAUAUCCCUCCACCGUUUCCUGUGGCCAAAUCCUGCCCAGAACCCAGUUGCCCAUGCCCUCCUACACCAUCAAUGCCUGAUCGGCUUCCCAUAGAUUAUGAUCAACCUCUGAAUGGGACGAUGGCAGCCUACGCGCAGCAAGUCCUUAUCUGUACCGGACAAAGAGAUUGGACAAGCCGUAUUGAAGACGACGGGAAACACCAUACAUGGGGGCAUCUGGCAAGGGGAUUGAAGAGCCUUUUGGGCCGUGGAGGACGCUAUGCUAAUCCUUUUAACAACAUUCUUGUUAGCAAUUCUUCCUUCCUUCCGGCCUCUUCAUAUACCGGCACCCAAUCCACCGCAUCUGCCUUCCUCUUCCCCAGCUUUAAAUAUUUCCCCAGCAUUCCAAUUGAGAUUCAAGAAUCCACAGGCUCGGGGGCCGACCUAUCUACCUUUGUACGAGCCUUUCUUCUCCCCAAGAAGCUUAGUGCUAUGUCAGAGUCCCUCCCUGAAGCUAGGAAGGCUGAAUUAACUCGGAAGCCGGAACUGGCAUCCAGAUUCACGGAUGCCCUGAAUAUAUAUCAUUCCCCUGUUAUCCUUAUUUGCGGCCACGGUGGGCGCGACAUGCGAUGUGGCGUAAUGGCACCAGUACUAGAGAACGAAUUCCGGAGAGUACUCCGUGCUAAAGGCUUUGGGCCGGCAGGAAGUGACAGUCAACCAUUUGAUAGUUCCGGACAUGCUCACGUGGGCUUGAUCAGCCAUAUAGGCGGCCACAAGUAUGCAGGUAAUGUGAUAGUGUAUAUGCCUCCGGGUAUGACGAUGAAGGCUUCCUCACUUCCGCACCCACUUGCAGGCAAGGGAAUCUGGUAUGGCCGCAUAGAACCUAAGCAUGUGCAGUGGGUCGUGGAGGAGACGAUCCUAGGCGGGAACGUGGUGGCUGAUCAUUUCCGGGGUGGUAUUGAUCGAAAUGGAGAUAUUCUGCGAUUAUGA